CUGCAAAGGGAGUGUUCUUGCGCGUGGGGCGGCGUUGCAGCAUUUCUUGCAGCUUUCACCUUCCACACGUUCUGCGUCGUCUCCACACCUAUUCUCUUGCCGUUAACCCACAAACGUUCGCAUGCGCGGGAGUCAAGGCCGUUCUUCGUCAGUCCUCAACUGCACGUCUGCACUAGCGCAUGACUCUGUUGGAAGGAGCGGAUGCGAGAAGAGUUCUUGGUGAUCAUGUUGACCGGACUAUAAAUACUGCACGUGGUUCUAUCCCAUUAUGGUAGGGGAGGUAGCCGUCGGGAUGGCGUUCGAUCGACGGGAUCGGCAGGGUUCACCUGGAUGUUGAGGUUGUGGACGAGCCCAGCAACGUCGACGUGAACGUGCAUGCUCUCGACAUCGAACGUGUGGUAGCGGCAUUGCAGCGCAGCUUGUACACUGACGAGUCCCUUCUGGCUCAUGACGUGGGGUAUCAGCCAGUGCAGUUCUGGUCGCAGGAGUGCCUCGAGACCCCGCUCGUCGUCGCGAAAAAGCACAUGAAAUCCGACGUGGAACGUCAGCAUGUCGUCGAUGGCGCCGUGCUCGCCAUUGUCCUGUUCGAUGCCAAUGAUCCAACACUUGCGCGAUGUCAGGGCACCGUCAAGCGCGGCGAGCAGCGCGCGAAUGUCCGUGAACGAGUCAUGGAAGACGUUGCUUGUCGUGGUGUGGUUGAACGAAAACGCGCCGAUUUCGUACGCGCUUUUGCACUCGGUCUGGAACAGGUACAUCAUGGACACUUCACGGGCCCGCAGUCGGCGCUGGGCGAGUGUUUGGGCAUCGGUGGGAGGUGCCAUAUGGGGAUGGAGGUGCUGAUAAUGGAGCUGCAUACGCAUGUCUUCCUCCAACGCCGCGUGGAUAUGCCCCAGGUAGUCCUGUCGCGCAUCUUCAAGGCGGGCAGUGACUUGAAGCAGCUCAAAGUUGUGCUUGCGUUGAGCCCAGCUAGUCGAGAAGGGUUUCCGAGCUGAUUGUUGAAGUUGGUCUUGCUGCGCCAUCGUCGGAGGAAGCAGACGCUGGAACACGCCGCUCGCGUCGACAAGCCCCGUCGAUCGGUUCUGGGGAUCGAGCGAGCUGGCGGAUGCCGCACCGUCGUCGUCGUAGCUGUCGUCGCUGUCGCCAGUGUCGUCAUCGUCCACCAUGUCGUCGUUGGGGUGGAGAUGCGCCGACGUGGAUGGAUGGGAUUCAUACCGCAGUUGAUGGAGCGUGUCCAUUUGAUCUUGAAGGAUGCGCCGCGUCCGCUCGUCUGUUCUGAUCCCAUUCGUGCGACCCGAGUGUUGGGACGCCAACUUGGGAAGUCGAACCACUCCCCCCUUGUCCUCAAGGGACGCUCCGCCAUUCAAGAUGAACGACAUCGAGUGAUUUGCCUGCUUGAUUUGAGACGCAAGGGGUGAUAGAAAACGCUGUUGUUGUGUCGGAUUCUCGGAUGGUGGUGCAAUCGCUGAGUCAUCAGUUUGCACGUACGGCGAUUGUCGCAAGGCCAACAACGAAAGAACGGCGUCGUCCAUAUUGGGGAGCACUUGUACUGGAGCCGCCUUCGCUCGGGGACGCCGAGCUGUUGGCGCAGGGGCAGUGGCAUCGACUCGCUGUCGUCGUCGCUUGGCGUUGGCUCGGACCUUCAAGUCUGCAGGUACUGCGAGUUGCCCGUUCCCCCGUACCUUGUUCAAGGGAAUUUGCGAAGCAAGGAUAUCGCCAUCGGCGUGAUCUGCCGCGGCUUUCAGCAUGGACGCCCACGGGUGCAUGGCUUGUUGAUGUCGUCCUCUGCGAGAAUUGUGUGUCGCACCCCG